AUGUCUUAUCAGGGGAAGAAAAAUAUUCCACGCAUCACGAGUGAUCGUCUUCUGAUCAAAGGAGGUAAAAUCGUUAAUGACGACCAGUCAUUCUAUGCAGACAUAUACAUGGAAGAUGGGUUGAUCAAGCAAAUAGGAGAAAACCUGAUUGUUCCAGGAGGGGUGAAGACCAUUGAAGCCCAUUCCAGAAUGGUGAUCCCUGGAGGGAUUGAUGUCCAUACCCGCUUCCAGAUGCCCGAUCAGGGGAUGACCUCUGCUGAUGACUUCUUUCAAGGCACCAAGGCAGCCCUGGCUGGGGGAACCACCAUGAUCAUUGACCAUGUGGUUCCCGAGCCUGGGACCAGCCUGCUGGCUGCCUUCGACCAGUGGAGGGAAUGGGCCGACAGCAAGUCCUGCUGCGACUACUCUCUGCACGUGGACAUCACCGAGUGGCACAAGGGCAUCCAGGAGGAGAUGGAGACCCUGGUGAAGGACCACGGGGUAAAUUCCUUCCUCGUGUACAUGGCUUUCAAAGAUCGCUUCCAGCUAACGGAUUCCCAGAUCUAUGAAGUCCUGAGCGUGAUCCGGGACAUUGGAGCGAUUGCUCAAGUCCACGCGGAAAACGGCGACAUCAUUGCAGAGGAGCAGCAGAGGAUCCUGGAUCUGGGCAUCACGGGCCCUGAGGGACAUGUGCUGAGCCGGCCCGAGGAGGUCGAGGCUGAAGCCGUGAACCGUUCCAUCACCAUAGCCAACCAGACCAACUGCCCCCUGUACAUCACCAAGGUGAUGAGCAAGAGUGCCGCGGAAGUCAUCGCCCAGGCCCGGAAAAAGGGGACCGUGGUGUAUGGCGAGCCCAUCACCGCCAGCUUGGGGACUGACGGCUCCCAGUACUGGAGCAAGAACUGGGCCAAGGCUGCUGCUUUUGUCACCUCCCCGCCCCUGAGCCCCGACCCGACCACUCCGGACUUCCUGAACUCCUUGCUGUCGUGUCAACCAAAGGGGAUGAAUGAGGUAGCAAAAGGGUUCUACUGUGGUGCAGUGUCGCUCGUCACUGGGAAGAUGGACGAGAACCAGUUUGUGGCCGUGACCAGCACCAAUGCAGCCAAAGUGUUCAACCUUUACCCCCGGAAAGGCCGCAUUGCUGUGGGAUCUGAUGCUGACCUGGUCAUCUGGGACCCUGACAGCGUGAAAACCAUCUCUGCCAAGACCCACAACAGUUCUCUCGAAUACAACAUCUUCGAAGGAAUGGAGUGCCGUGGCUCUCCCCUGGUGGUCAUCAGCCAGGGGAAGAUUGUUCUGGAAGACGGCACCCUUCAUGUCACCGAAGGCUCUGGACGCUACAUCCCCCGGAAGCCCUUCCCUGACUUUGUUUAUAAGCGUAUCAAGGCAAGGAGCAGGCUGGCAGAGCUGAGAGGGGUUCCUCGUGGCCUGUAUGAUGGACCUGUGUGUGAGGUGUCUGUGACACCCAAGACAGUCACUCCGGCCUCCUCGGCUAAGACGUCUCCGGCCAAGCAGCAGGCCCCACCUGUCCGGAACCUGCAUCAGUCUGGAUUCAGCUUGUCUGGUGCCCAGAUUGAUGACAACAUUCCCCGCCGCACCACCCAGCGCAUCGUGGCGCCCCCUGGUGGCCGUGCUAACAUCACCAGCCUGGGCUAG